AUGGCGAAAUCGGUGAAGUUGAUAAAUAAUGGGUUGAGGGUUAAUCCUGAUUUACAGAAGGAAAGAGAUACUGGAACAUUUAAUAUUGUAGAAUUAACAAAUAUAAUAGAUGGCGGUCCUGAAAGAACAAAAAGAAGGCAUGAAUUGGAACAACUACUGUUUUCUGAUCCAGUAUUCACCAACCCUAACCGAGCAUUUCUUUCAAAAUCACAACUCUACGACUAUGGUGUCCAGAAAUCUGUCAAACUUUUUCAUUUAAAGAGAAAAUAUCAGUGGAAUGAAGAAGAUUAUUUUAUGGCUGAAUCUUUAUUACGAAAGGAGAUUUCUCUAUCACUCCAUCACACCAUGUUUAUCCCCGCCAUUGAACGCUUAGCAACAGAUGAACAGAAAGCAAAAUGGCUUCCAUUAGCCCAAAGUUUUAAAAUCCUUGGAACAUAUGCUCAGACUGAGUUAGGGCAUGGAACAAAUCUAUUGGGCCUUGAAACCACAGCAACUUUCGACCAGUCAACAGAUGAAUUUGUUUUACGAACACCUAAAAUUACAUCCAUGAAAUGGUGGCCCGGUGGAUUGGGUAAAUCAAGUACACAUGCUAUAGUUUUAGCUCAGUUAAUAAUUGAUAAUAAAUCUUAUGGCAUGCAUCCAUUUAUGGUACAACUACGUAGUUUAGAUGACCAUACUCCAUUACCAGGUAUAAAAGUAGGUGAUAUUGGACCAAAGAUUGCUAUUAAUACAGUUGAUAAUGGUUUCCUUAUAUUAAAUCAAGUUCGAAUACCUAGAGAUCAGAUGUUGAUGAAGAAUGCCAAGGUAUCUAGAAGUGGUAAAUUCACAUCUGUAGGUAACAGUAAAGCUAAUUACGCUACUAUGAUGUUAGUUCGUGUUAAUAUGACCAAUUGGGCAGCUAAUAUUGCAUGUGGUUCUGUGACAGCAGCCAUGAGAUAUAGUUGUGUUAGACGUCAAUCUGCUCUAAAACCUGGGGGUGAAGAAGAACAGGUUAUAAAUUAUCAAUCUCAACAAUAUAAAUUAUUUCCAGCACUAGCUACAGCUUACGCUCUCACAUUUGCUUCUCAACAGUUACAUGAUUAUUAUUAUAAAAUAUAUCCACAGUUAGCUCGAGGUAGUUAUACAAAUCUAGCUGAGCUUCACAGUCAGUCCUCAGCACUUAAGGCUAUAUCAGGAGAGCUGUCCGUUCACCAUUCGGAGAUAUGUCGUCGAGCUUGUGGUGGUCAUGGUUACCUGUGGUAUGCUGGUUUAGGUGAAGCUGUGGCUGGUGGAGCAUCGAUCAUAACGGCAGAAGGUGAAAAUACUGUUUUAUAUCAACAAACGGCCAGAUAUCUAAUGAAACAAGUAGCAUUAAACGUUUCUGGUCAAACACUGAAUGGGUUUACUUCCUACUUAAAUAAUGAUGAUAUUUAUGUUAAUCCGAUAGAGAAAUCAGAACAUUGCCAUGAUCUACAAAUACUCACUGAUAUAUAUCAGAAUAUGGCAAAUAGAAUUAUCAAGAAGACUGCCCAUAGAUUACAUGCUGACAUGUCAAGUGGUUUGGAACAGCAUAUAGCAUGGAAUAAAAAUAUGAUUCAACUAGUCAGAUCAGCUCAGGUUCACAGUCACAUGUCUAUAGUUAAAGCUUUUAUAACUAGUGUACAAUCAUUGGUACUAAGUCCAGUUUUAAAACAAGUAUUACAUCGAUUGUGUGUGUUUUAUUGUUUAUAUGGUAUCAUCAAUAACUCAGGUGAUUUUAUAGAGACAUCAUCUAUAAACCUAAAUCAGCUAGAAUUGAUGAGAGAAGAAGAAAUCAAACUAUUGUCACAAAUCAGACCUGAUGCUGUAUCAUUGGUAGAUGCGUUUGAUAUACAUGAUGAAACUCUAUGUUCCGUAUUAGGCGUUUACGAUGGAAAUGUUUAUGAAAAACUUUACGAAUCGACACAACAAGAACCUAUGAACAAAACAGAUGUUCAUCCAUCUUACUAUAAGUAUAUCAGAGAUCUUCUUCAUAGUACACCACAGUCUAAACUAUAAACAAUAUUUUUCUUAUUUUUAUUCCACAUCUUAUGUUUUAAAUUUAAUUUCCAAAUGGCAAAGUGAAUUAAUUGUGAAUGGGCAUGAUUUGUACUCACACGAAAUAUACAUAAAUAUUUUUGUAAAGUCUGAUUAUAUUUAAGGGAACAGGAGGCUAUUGUAGGAGAUCAGAUCAAUUCCAUCCUUUCAAAUGACAAUCAAAAAAUUUGAGCUGUUGAAAUUAAUAAUUUGGCAAGAUAUUUCAAUCUAAGAUUCUAUUUUGAAGAAAAGCGAUGUAAAUAGGUAAACAUUACAUAAUUAUAAUUUUUCCUCCGGUCAUGUGGAAACUCCUUCAAAUUAGAUUAUUUUUGAAGACCAUUUCUCAUGGCUAUUUUUGUUCACUAAACGGUAUAUCUUAAAAACAAAUUGGUGAAAAUGUUAAUCAUUAUAAAGUGACAUAUUUGGAAUAUUUGGGAGUUGCAAAUGGCAAAAUACACCUUUGGACCACUUUCUUUGUAUAAACAAUUAGGAGUUACUGAAGUAUAGCUCACAUCCUUUUAAAUUAGGAUUAAUCACAUCACGAGGAAAAUUAUAUUUUUACUAAUUUUUGAUAUAUUUAAUGCCUUGGACUUUGAAGACUGUUGCCUUAUGGUCUCCCGAAAUUUGACCUCUACAAGAAAUCAAACCUCAGUGUUGUAAAUUGUUUCAAUGGCAUUUAGUAAUUGAACUUGAAUAGACAAGUCUCAAUUCUAUGGAAUACAAUUACUGUUUAUUAAUGAGGGUUGUUUUGACCAGGCCUCUCAAGUCUUUAAGAAGCAAUGUUGUAUAUUGUGCAAUGAUAGUCAAAUAUAAUGAUAUUAUAUAAUGUUGAUACAUACAUUUUAUUUAUUGUAGUCAUUCCGGUGUGUGUAUAUGUACAGGUUUCUUUGCUUUUGUUUUUAAAUGAUACAAUUAAGAAUAUAAAAAUGGAAAAUCUUCUAAACAAUAACAGUAUGAAGAAAGACUCUUUAUCGUAUAAAAUAUAUCAUAAGUAAAGUACUAAAAAUAUGUGCAUUUCUGAGUAAUUACAUGUAAAUGUUUAGAGUAUAAUUAAAUAUCUUCAAGACCAUACCCGUCUGUAGAUUAAAAGGCGUAUAACUAACAUUCAACAUGAAAAACAAAUUAAAAUUCAAUAUUGAACUAACCAGUCGCAAACGACUGCCAUUCAAUGUGGUCUGCUCAGGUAUUUCACCAUAACUGAUUCGACAGUACAAUACAAAUUUAAAAUUGAAUAUACAUCAGUAUAUUCAUUCAUAUAGUAUUUAUAUACAUUAAUAUAUGCUUUUCAACCAUUAUAUUUAUGUUUUAAGGUUCCAAAGAACAGAGCUAUACGCCCUUUAAAAACACUGGCAUGAAGUAAAAAAAUCGCGACUUGAGUGGUUAUUACAGCAUUUAGCAUUUAGUAACAAGAGAUUGUUUUGUUUGGGUGGAUAUUUAACUUUUUAAAUUCUUGCCACAAGUUUUUAGUCUAGUAUUGUGAUAUUUUUUUGUUUAUUAUCAAAAUGUUUUAAUGGAUACAUGUAUUUGAUUUGAUUAAUUGAUUUUUUUUUAUUUCCUACAAUUUUAACUAAAAAAUGGUAUUUUUGUGACAUUUUUUUUAGAAUGCUGUAAUUGAUUACAUAUUUCAUAUGAUUAGUUUAUUUUUUUCUCUUUAUUUCCAACAAUUUUAAUUUAAAAAAUUUUUGUGACAUGUUUUUAGAAUGCUGUAAUUAAUUAUAUAUUUGAAAUAUACGUCUGAUAUAA